AUGAGGACAAUUCGAGCAGUAGUCGCGAAGUUUAUGUCUCUAACAACCACUGAUCAUUUGGAACAAAGCAAGCGAGUGCAGCGACGUAACGCAGAUGUUCCAAAAACCCCCUUAUCGGACGUGUGGGAAGGCUGUAGCUGUCGAGGCGAACGAGCAAUCGGAGCGAGCUCUGUGCACGGGUUAACUUGGAGAGCAGCAAAGAUAGGCGGUGGGAAUAAUUCCGAAUCGGAGAGGGACGGAGGAGUUGUAGAGGAGAUUAAAGAGAUGGGUUGUGGCAGGAGAAAAGAUGCCGGUCGGAUGCAGAGGAAAAUCAAUCAGGGCAACCUCCCAAGGAAGCAAGUCACUAACCAACAGGGGGAAGGGAUCGGAAUGACAAAUGCCGUAGGAUAUCAGAGUGGAAAGUUGACAAUGGGUGAAGGGGAUUACGACGACGACAGCAGAACAAAGAGGGGUGGAGUUGGUUUCCGUGACUUGCAGCGGACGGGAUGGAGGGCCAAGCAGAGAGGGGGGGAAAGGAAAGGAAAAAAGGGAACGGAGCACAGGGUGGCCCAACGGUUGAACGGAUUACAUGAAGGCCCUCUCUCCACCCAGGCAGCCCCAGAGACCCAGUGA